CGCCCGGAAGCGGCGGGUUGUGGUUGUGGUAGUGGUGGAGGGGGACGCCAUGGUGUGCGAGAAGUGUGAGAAGAAACUUGGUACGGUGAUCACUCCCGAUACGUGGAAAGAUGGCGCAAGAAACACUACAGAAAGUGGUGGCCGCAAGUUAAAUGAAAACAAGGUGUUGACCUCAAAGAAGGCAAGGUUUGAUCCUUAUGGAAAGAACAAAUUUGCCAUAUGUCGGAUUUGUAAGAGUUCUGUCCAUCAGCCAGGGUCUCACUAUUGUCAAGGAUGUGCCUAUAAAAAAGGCAUCUGCUCAAUGUGUGGCAAGAAGGUGUUGGAUACGAAGAACUACAAGCAAACUUCUGUUUAAUCGUAUUGACUAGUCUUUUUAUGAACUUCUGUGUCUUUGUACAGUAACUUGUCCCUAAAAUAAUUUGUGAAUAUUACUUCCUGGAACAUAAUACCUUUACUGGGAAUGAGAUGAGAUGUAAAGACAUCCUGAUUGUUUGCCUAGGAAUGUAUAUAGUGUUUGUUUUUUGUUGUUUUAGCACUAAUGUUAACUGAUAUUUAAAGGUAAUGGUUUGCAGCAACAGAUACGGUUCAAAGUGAAUGAGAAGAUCCUAGUGGUUAGGUUGAAACUAUGUUAAAAUCAUAACACAGAUCUUUUGAGAUUAACAUUUUUAUUCUUUUGUUGUAGCUUGAGUCUUCUGCUUGUCUGAUAGUAGUAUUUAUAGAUGAAUAACUUAUGAGCUUGUAUCACCUCAUUAAAGUAGUAUCUUCAUUUAGUUCUAUGCUUAUAGGUAUUUAUAAUUACUCUCGUUCCAGACUAUUACAUCCUCCCUUCUAAGUAUUGCUCUUCAGAUUUUAAUGCAAUUGUCCUGUUAAACUUCGUUUCUGCCUACAGUAGGGUUAGUUAAAUGACAAAUUGUUAAACUACUGAAAUCUAGUGUGUUAUUCUACCAAUUCUUACUUUAGCAGUAAGACUGAUUAGCUAUUCUCAUGUUAGCCUCUAAGGAGUCUUUACAUACUGCAUCUGGUGGCCCAAGGCAAUAAAAUAACAAGCAUCAAUUUCUAA